AAUGCAUUAUGGAUGUUCAUGCCCUGUAUUUGCAUUGAGGGUAGUGCUUAUCUGAUACGCGGCAGCUGUGAGGAUUUAAAAACACGUCAUGCCGCUUAUUAGCAGUAUUUUACUAUGGCUGGUGUUUGUUUUGGAUGUUUCUGAACAGGCUCCGAAAGUAAACGCUGUCGGGGAAAUAUCCAAUUCCUGCUACAAACCAAUCAAGUUCAACAGACCUACGUUUGUAAGAACGUAUCCCAGACCUCAUGAGUACUUGAACAUCACUGAGCUCCCUGCUGUCUGGGACUGGCGUAACAUUGAUGGGUUAAACUAUGUGAGUGUGACGCGCAAUCAGCAUAUCCCUCAGUACUGUGGCUCCUGCUGGGCCAUGGGCUCCACCAGCGCUCUGGCAGAUCGUAUAAACAUCAAAAGGAAAGGGGCGUGGCCAUCAGCUUACCUAUCCGUCCAGAACGUAAUUGACUGUGGAGGGUCAGGGUCUUGUUUUGGAGGUGAUCACCUGGGUGUUUACGCUUACGCACAUGACAAGGGCAUUCCAGAUGAAACCUGCAACAAUUAUCAGGCCAGAAAUCAAAAGUGUGAUCUGUUUAACCAGUGUGGCACCUGCUCGUUCUUCGGGUCCUGUUCUAUUGUAAAGAACUACACUUUGUGGAAAGUAGGAGACUACGGUGAGGUUUCAGGACGAGACCAGAUGAAAGCUGAGAUCUACAAAAAUGGCCCAAUAAGCUGUGGAAUCAUGGCAACUAAAGGUCUUGAGGCAUACGAGGGAGGUGUGUUUGCAGAGUUUCAUGCCAUCUCACUCAUGAACCACAUCAUAUCUGUGGCGGGCUGGGGAGUCACCGAGGAUGGAACAGAGUACUGGAUCGUCAGGAACUCCUGGGGCGAGUUUUGGGGUGAGGCGGGCUGGGCCCGGAUAGUCACCAGCGCAUAUAAAGGGGGUAAAGGGAACUGGUACAAUCUUGCCAUCGAGAAAGCUUGUGCAUAUGGAGAUCCCAUAGUGGCCUAGAGGAAGAGCAACUGUUGAGAGCAGCUCUGUCCACAUGUACAGUGUGGAAUCCGACUGAGCACAACACUUACUACAGACCUUAUUAAAGUGUUAUGAAUGGGAUUGUGGUAGUAAUGGAAUACAAAUGCAUUAGUAUACGUUUUCUGUCAUAGAAUUGCAGGGUUUAGAGAGCACCAUCACAAUACUGUUUAUUGUCUAUGGUUUAUUAUUGCCUAUUAAUGGUAAAUUCUUUGCUUUUAAUUAAAAAGUAAACCGUGUGCUUUGUUUAAAGUUUAAUAUGUAUUUUACACUUGCACAUUUUCCUUAAACAUGUUCGAUUUAUAAUAUGAUAAAAAUAAAUGUAAGCAAAAGACAGUUAAAUCGAGUAACAGAACUACUACAAACAUUGUUGUACAGUGCCUUGCAUAAGUAUUCACCCCCUUGAAUGUUUCUGCAUUCUGUAGUAUUAAACUGGAAGUGAAGUGGAUUUGACUGAGAUUAUAUGUUAUGAAUCUCCACAAAAUAGCCCAUAAUAUUGAAGUGGUGGGAAAAAUCAAGAGUUUGCUUUAUUAUUUAUUACAGUGUUUACAAUUUUUUUGUAAAUACUUGCACAAGCUAUAUUGAUUUUCACUCCACUUCAGUAUUAUGGGGGUAUUUUAUGCAGAUUCAUGAUUAAAUCCAUUUCAUUUCCAGGUUGUAACACUGCAAAAUGUAGAAAAGUUCAAGUGGGUAAAUCUUAAAAUAACCUUGUUUUGUACAAAAUACAGUAUUUUUGUAUUAUAUGUUGUUAUAACUGCAGUGGAUUGGAUUAGGAGUGUGAUCACAAUAUUGUUUCUUCAUUUUUAAUGGUUUAUUAUUGUUUACUAACAGUAUUCUUGUUUUUAUCUUAAUGAAAAAUAAACAUUGCACUUUUUUUUAA